AUGACGUCGGCCACCUCGCCUGAUCUCACAAGCCUGGGCGAUCAAAGAAUUAUGAACCAGCGGCCCAACGACAUCGGUUCGCACGGAGCUAGUCUCGGCUCGGGAAAAGAAGGAGCUCUGAUGCCUCCUCCGAAGACUGUGGUCGGCAGAGCGCUAGGGAAUGACCUGCAUUCCGAUGCCCACAGAACCUCUCAGCCGCCCAAGGGCGGAGUCGGAACCGCGCUGACGGACACUCCGAUUUCUACCGCUCCCCCGUCUCCACAGAUCAACGGUCUCUCUACCGCCAGUACUCCCAGCCGAGUCCGGGCAACUACUCUUGAUAUUCCCGGCUUGACCAAGUCCAAGGUCUCCCCGGAUGGACGCAUCGCUCAGCGCGAUGUCGGCUCCAAGCUGGUUAUUGUCAUGGUCGGUCUGCCGGCUCGAGGCAAGAGUUACAUCACCAAGAAGCUGGCUCGAUACCUGAACUGGCUUCAGCAUGAUACCGAGAUCUUCAACGUUGGUGAGCGUCGUCGUGUGGCCGCUGGCAAGUCCCCCUCGCCGGCCAAGCCUGGACGUCCCUUGGAGAAACGCGCGAGCAAUGUCCACAAGGAUCUCGUGGACUCUGUGCGCCGACUGAGUGUCAGCGUUGGAACGAUGAAUCAGAACGAAUCUUCUCCAGAGAACAUUUCACCACCCAACGACGCUGCUCUGCCGCCUCCCGUGGUUCCAACCAAGAUUCUCAUCAACGGACAAGACCCUGGAUCCUCCAUCUCCCAGAACGAAAGCACCGUCAUUCCUUCUGCCGAUGCAGGUGAUGGCCAGUCUACUGGCAAUGAAGAGGUUAUCAAGGAAGCCUCCCCAGAACCCAUGGAUCAGUCCGCAAACUUCUUCGACCCCCAGAACCAGCGUGCUGUCAAGCUCCGUGAGCAAGUGGCCCUGGAUACCCUCGACGAGCUGCUCGAGUACAUUCUCGAGGAAGGCGGUAGCGUUGGCAUCCUUGAUGCCACAAACAGCACCAUGGAACGUCGCAAGGCUAUUGUCGACCAUAUUCGCCAGCGUGCUGGCCCCGAGCUGGGCAUUCUGUUCCUUGAGAGCAGCUGUGUGGACAAGAACCUUUUGGAGGCUAACAUGCGCCUGAAGCUUUCCGGUCCCGACUACAAGGGUCAAGAUCCAGUCACGGCUCUGGAAGACUUCAAGAAGCGCGUGGCUCUGUACGAAAAUUCUUACGUUCCACUCGGCGAGUACGAGGAGAAGCACGACAUGGCCUACAUUCAAAUGAUUGAUGUCGGCCGCAAGAUCGUCUCGCACCAGACUCACGGCUUCCUUUCUUCUCAAGUCGUCUAUUACUUGCUCAACUUCAACCUUUCUCCGCGCCAGAUCUGGAUCACUCGCCACGGCGAGAGCCUGGACGACGAAGCCGGCCGUAUUGGCGGUGACUCUGACCUUAGCGAGAAUGGCAAGCGCUACGCAGAGGCCCUGGCUCGCUUUAUCGACCACCAGCGGAAGCAAUGGGAGCUUUACCAGCGCCAGAAGAACCUGAUCAAGCACUUCCCGCCUCGCCCUGGUGACAGCACCCCUCCCAAUCCGUCGUACAUUCCUCGCGAUCGCCCACGCAACUUUUGUGUGUGGUCUUCUAUGAUGAAGCGUGCCGUUCAGACGGUGGAGCACUUCAAUGAGGACGACUACGAUGUCAAGGAGAUGCGCAUGCUCGACGAGCUCCACUCCGGAAAGAUGGAGGGCAUGACCUACAAGGAGAUUCAGGAGCAGUAUCCCGAGGAGUAUGCCCACCGCAAGAAGGACAAGCUCUUCUACCGUUACCCUGGUCCUGGCGGAGAAAGCUAUUUGGACAUUAUCAACCGUCUUCGAGCCGUUAUUGUUGAGGUUGAGCGCACCACCGACCACGUCCUUCUGGUCAGCCACCGAUCCACUGCCCGCGUCCUCCUUUCGUACUUCCGCGGCUUGAAGCGCGACAAGGUCGCCGAUCUGGAUGUUCCCAUGGGCAUGUUGUAUAUGCUGGAGCCCAAGCCUUAUGGUGUCGAAUUCAAGGCUUACCAAUACAACCCUGAGACUGAUUGGUUCGACUACAUUCCCAAUUACGAGCUGCACCAAGUGGGUGCGCAUUAA